AUGAAUCGAAUCGGAGGUUACACUCUGCUUUUAAUAUUGUGCAUUCUGGCAAGCGAUUAUCGAGUCAGUUCGGACGAAAACACUCGUUUGUCGAGGAGAAAGCGAUACGUCGUUUUUCCCGAAGGUUCUACCUUUUCCAUCGCCCUUUGUCUAACGGUGAACACUUUGUCGUCGGAUGACAUUUUCGCGGAGGGUGUGAACUGGGGUAUCGCGUACGAUUUACCCAACGAAAGUAAACCGGCGCUCGAGCCGUUUUUACAGCUUAGACACGACCAAAUUAAACCGGCCAGCAAAUACGACAACUACGCGAACGUUUCGCCGAACAAAAACGCCGUCAAGUAUCCGCAAUGGAACACCAACGAGAAAUAUUACUUCAAACCUGGAAAAAGGAAAUACUACAAGCCCGACUAUUAUUAUCUGCAACGAAGGCAUCGUAGAGAUCUCUAUAACAAGCUGGAAGUCAUCAUGAACGCGAUGAAUUUCGACGGCAGAGCCUGCAUACUUCGAGCGCUAUGCGAGGCCUCGCAGCGUCUGAUGCCGAAGGGGAACACUCUCAUCGAGGAGAUGAUGAGGAUAUCGUUUGCUUUCCCAUUGAAACGGCUGUUCUCCGGCGAGCCCGAGGAGCACCACGCGUACAGCAAGGCGCACAAGGCGGGCCACGAAGGUCAGGACUGUGCCAGCAUGUUUUCUGGAUGCAGUUUUUCCUUGAUCGAUAUGGCGCUCGGAAAAUACGACGCGUCCCGAUCGCGGGAACACUCGCUUCCGUCCGACUAUGCGGAUGCCACUCCGUUUUCCGGCGACCGAAUCAGGUACAACAUGAAAUAA